AUCGAGGCGUUGGAGCACAGCGUGAGAGGAAGAUGGCCGACGACCGCGACACGACAGUGGCGGCCAAGAAAGCUGCCAAGAAGCAGAAGAAGCAGCAGAAGAAGGAUGCAGGGGACGUAGAAGAUGCACCAGCCGUGGAAGAGCCUACCACUGUGACGAAGAAGUCCUCGAAGAAACAGAAGAAGGCCACGAAGGAGGCCGAAGAGGGAGCGCCAACCGUGGAACUCGUCCCCGAGCUCGCAUCGUUCUUCUCGACCAGUUCCCAGGUAUUUGGCAAGCGCGUCGAGCCAGAAAUCAAACUCCCUGUCGCCACCACCCCAGCACCAGAAGACGAAGCCGCCCCUGAACCUUCGCCCACUGAAACUACCGCAGCUGCUCCAACUGAAUCCAAGGUCGCUAGGGCGAAGAAGGUCAAGAAACCUAAACACAAGAAGGUCAAGGCGAUGGCCGAAGCUGCUGCAGCGGCUGCGGCUGCCGCGGGCGAGACUGUCGAUGGUACUACCGCUGUCGACGAGACAGCGUCUACCACCGCCAAAGGAGACGAUGACGGGUCCGUGGACGAAAAGGACGUCCGAACGAUCUUUGUUGGCAACGUGUCGCUGGAAGCGACCCCGAACGACUUGAAAAAACAUUUCACCCCAUGUGGUAAAGUCAAGUCGGUCCGUUUGCGAUCAGUGCCGGUCGCCGGGUGCAAAGUGGACCAAAACGGCAAGCAAAACUUGGUCAAGAAGGUGUGUACGAACAAGAAGCUGUUCGUGGAAGGCCGCGAUUCGUGCAACGCGUACGUGGUGUUUGUGGACGAAUCCAGCGUCGACGCUGCGCUCCAGUUGAACGGCUCGGAAUUUUUCAAGAAAUGUCUCCGCGUCGACCGCAAAAACGUGUCGAUGGAUGCGAAGCGAACAGUGUUUGUUGGCAACUUGGCCUUCACGGCCACCGACGACGACGUUCGAAACCAUUUUGAAAAAGCAUUGCGCGAAGAUGCCGACACACCUGCCGUCGAAUCUGUUCGUAUCAUCCGCGACAAGUCGACGCACCUGGGCAAAGGAUUUGGCUACGUCCUGUUCAAGGAUGUCAGCACAGCGGCCAAGGCGCUGUCCCUCCAUGAGUCCAAGAUGGGAAAGCGUGAAAUCCGUGUCACGGUGUGCGGCAAGCGGUUCAAGAAUACCGGCGGGGAGAAAGCCCCCGAGCUCAAGUUUGAAGGGCGAAGGGCUCGCCCUGGCGCGCAGCUUCGAAUGUUGAAAAAGCGCAAAGCUGGCGAACUUACGGACGCUCCACCUUCGAAGAAAUCAACGAAGCACAAUAUGGCCCCGUUCGUGAAAGGCGAGAAGCGACCCAGCGCCAAGACAUUUGCCAAAGGCGAGAAGAAGGCACCGAUUUCCAAAAAAAGACCUGGCGCCAAAGGCUUGAAUGCAUUCAAAAAAGGACCACGAAAACCAUACCAGGACAAGUCGAAGAAGGGAACGACGAAGCACGAAAAGAUCAAAAAGCCGAAACACGCCGCGCGCAAAGCACGACAAGCACUCGAAGCGGCACAGAACGCUUAGCACGCUCAUCUCCAACUCGUAUCGCGACGCAGUGACAGUACACAACUUAAUCUCGACGAAUUCGUGUCCCCAUAAACGUUCUGGUCACCUUGUCGCGGUCGAAGGGAGAUGCAUGGUUGGCAGCGACAUGAGAAGCAGCACAAACACGAAGCUGCGUUUGGUCAGGAUGCACACACAGGCAGUGACGAAAACUAAUGGAAGCGCGCGAUCCCCAUCGCAAAG